AUGUCAUCAAGUCUUCAGCUAUCUCACAGUCAAAGUGUCCUUCCCUUGUUCAUGGGUAAAGGCAGAAAUGUCACCUUCGUUCUGGACUCCUCUGUGGGAAUGAAUGGCUUUUUGGGACCAGUGAAGAAUCUUAUCAUUCAAACCUUGAUUACUAAAGCUUCACUCAGAGACUCGCUCUUCAACAUUAUCAGCUUUUCAUACAAGUCAACAGCAUGGUCUUCUCACAUGAUGCCCUGCACCCCUGAUGUAGUCUAUGAAGCAUUGAGCUGGAUCCACACAUUACAGACAAGUCCUGGCAGAGACCUCCACUCAGCCCUGGCCUUAGCAUUCUCUGACCCCGUCUGUCAGUCUGUCCAUUUAGUGACCAGCGGUCUCCCAGACAACCCACCACAAUGUCUAGCUUCAUUUUCAACCCUGGUGAUGCGCCCUGUGGAUACAUUUUACAUAUCUGACAAGACUCCCAUGAACACUGACAUAUCAGACUUCUUGCAGUGCAUCACGUCCACCACUAGAGGAAGCUGUUACGUCAUGACGCUCAACUCAGCUGGCAAUGUGGACCAGCUCAGUUUGUUGCAUUCAACGGAUGACUUGAUUGAAAAGUCAUCAGACUCAGAAGACCCAUGUCGUUCAGUAGACUUCAAUCAGGUCCCAUUCUACAACUGCACAAGCUGUGUCUGUUCCUUACCGUACUGGUGUUCCCCUAUGAAUCCUUUUAGUACAGUAUCAUGUGUAUCUGCUAGGGUAAUGCGAGGUGCUGAGCUUUUUCCUGGCUGCCGUGUGUUAGCCAGAAGAGAGAUAGACGGGUUUUACUACCUGGGGACAAUCAUACAUCAGGGCAGAGGAAAUCUUUAUACGGUGGAGUUUGAUAAGUUUGGACCUAAAGGAAAUACAUUUAUGGACACAUUAAAUACAGUUCAGCCAAUUUGCCAGCCUGAUAUGGUUAGUCUAGCCAGUGCACAUAGGCACAGUAUAGUACCAGGAGACACUGUUCUGGCACCAUGGGAGCCAGACAUGAGACGAUAUGGGCCUGGAAGAGUCAUCUCCGGUAUGGAGCUAAGAGAUCCGCUUAAAAGUGACGAAGGUCUUUUAGGACUCCAGGUUCUCUUCUGGAACGGGAUGACAAUUCAUGUUCCCAAACAGCUCGCAGUAUGGAUUCCAGCCUCUCAUCAUGAGCAAAUUAUCAAAGACCUCCAGCAUUAUUCAUCUCGGCCAUGUUGCUACAGGGUCUCCCACUGCGCCACCAUGAAUUGUUUUGAAUUGCCAUGUCACCAGUGCAACCACCUCAGUCUGCCCUCCAUUCCACCAUGCCAUCCAGUCAAGAGAUGCUGGCCAAUGUUCAUGUCAUCUCCACUACUGAAUAACCAAAGGAGAGAUGAGCUGGAGAGGAAAUUUGAUCUCCAACUUAAAGAACUACAGAGCUCUCAACAGACACAAGUGCCUUCAUGUUCCUCAUCAUCAACCUGUGACUCAGAUGAGAAUGAGGAGGAUACUGCAGCUGAAAAACACAGGCCUUCAAGAACUUCAGAACUGGUGAGCCGAUCAAUAAACACAGAGAUUUCCUGCCUGAGAAAGCCAUACACUCAACCUGAGACCAGACCGGCCUGGAGAUACUGGAAAAGGGGUUCUGCAGAACCACAGCACAAGAAACCAGGAAGAGCAGUCAGGUCUCCAAAUGUCAGCCAUUCUUGGCCUAAAGACACUGGGAAUUCUGGGAGCUCUACAGAUAACGCUAUGAUGACCAAUCACAGCUCUUUAUUUAAGCUGGUUCCUGAUUCACCAAAACGAGGAGUUAAUAUGAGGGAAAUAUUUGGAUCAGCACAAGGCCAACUAAACUGAUAGUUCCACAGCCAAAGUUCAGAAUGUUAUGAGUAUCGCCAGUGAGCUUUUGCUGAUGUUUUUCCCCAGAGAUGAUAUUUGUUUGUAAAUCAAACAUCCUAUGGUUGGUGUACUAAUUAAAUACAAAAGACUAUUGUGUAAAAU